AUGGACGCACCAGACCCCCCUAUCCUCCGAGCCGUCACCAGCUCAACCAGACUUCUCUAUCAGCUACUCAAAGCGAUCAAUUUCACCAAUAAAGUCCACGUCGAGAUCACCGAGAAAGGAAUCCGCUUCUCGACCGACCACGCCAGAGUGAUGCAAGGCGUCACCCAUUGGGACAAAUCUCUCUUUACCUCGUAUACCACAAAUAUUCCCGCCCCCGAAGAAUCCAACGGCAACCCCGACGACGAAGACGAUGCCCCUCCCCCCUCGGUCAUAUUUCAACUAUCUCUACCCGCCCUCUUGGAAACCCUUCAGAUCUUUGGCGCCGCCGACGCAGCCGCCCGCCAGGCCAGAUCAGACAUUGACCCCUACCGCAGCACCAACCUCCGCAACUACCGCUCCGACGCCUUCUCCAACCAGAUCCUCGGCAUGAGCAACGGCACUUGUUCGCUAUCCUACAAUGCCGAAGGUGACCCCUUCAGCAUCAUCCUCGAAGAAGGUAGCGUGAAGACGACCUGCAACCUCACAACCUAUGUUCCUGAAAUCCCAGAGGACAUCCCCUUUGACAUUGAAGAUUUGGGAUUCAAGAUCAUCACCCAGGCCAAGUGGCUGCUGGAUGCCCUGGCUGAACUUGCGCCCGCUUCGCCAGAAAAAUUGAUAAUUACCGCUAGCAAAGCAGCGCCUUAUCUCAAGCUUACAAGUGUAGGGGGUGCUUUGGGGAGUGGUGGGAUCGAUUUUUCGCAGGGAAAAGACUUGCUCGAGACUUUUUCCGUGAGGAAGAAGAAGUGGAGCCAGGCUUUCAAGUUUGAUAUGCUCAAGGCGGCGAACGAGGCGAUGAGGAUUGCGACAAAGGUUAGUUUGAGAGGGGAUGGGCAGGGGGUGUUGAGCAUGCAGUUUUUGGUCGAGGUGGGGGGGGAGGGGGGAGGGGUGUGUUUUUUGGACUUUAGGUUUGUGCCUUAUGCUGAUAGGGAGGAGGACGACGACGACGAGACGGAGUGUGAGGAGGGGGAAUAUGGGAUGGAGGUUGAUGGGUAG